UAACAGGAAAAAUUGUAAAUUAUAAAUAUCACGACCAGGGACGUGACCAUGGUUAACUUAUCAAUAAUUAUCAAACCGUGUUGUUAACUAAUGUUAACUUGCAACAGUACCGCGAAUAAGUUGGUCGUUUUUAUAUAAAAUUGCUUGUUAAUUGUUAUCAAAAUUGAAAAUAUUUUUUUGAAGUAUUUUAACUUAAAAAUAUAAUUUUGAAAGCAUGUCUAUGUUUAAUUUAAGUGGUUCUACCCCGGCGAACAACGCAGGAAAUGCAGCAACCCCACAAUUUGGCUUUGGAACAUCUCUUGGAGGUUGGCCAUCUUCAACAACACCAUCAACCACAACUAAUUUUGGUAACUUAGGGGCCACUGCUAAUAAGCAAACUACAAACACACCAUUUUCCUCAUUUGGUAAUGUGGGUGCUCCUACAACUUCAUUAUCUUUUGGAGCCAACACUACAUUAGCAACAACUACAACUAAACCUGGAUUUUCCCUUGGUAACAAUGCAGCUUCCAAUGCUCCAUUAAAUCUUUCUUUUGGUUCAAAUGCUGCUACAGCUGCUACAUCUGCUUCUCCAUUUUCACUUGGAACUGCGUCAAAUGUCAAACCUACAGUUUCUCUUACUGGUACACAAUUGACAUUAGGAACAACUACUAAUGUAACUACUUCUGCUGCUCCUGUAUCUCGUGGUCUGGGUGGUCUAGAUACAACUUCAAAUUUAAAUCAAGCACAAAAUAAAGCUGUACCUGCUCUUGAAAUGCCUGUGCCUAAUGAAAUUUUACAAUUAGUCAAUAAUUUAAAAGAUUUUCUUAAGCAACAAAAAACAAUGAGCACUGAAUUAGCACGCAUGUCAUCUAAAGGUUCAAAUGAAGUUGCAGGCGAUAUUACAAUGUGUCAAAAAAAUUUACAAUUUAUAGAACACAAUUUAGAUAAACAAAAAACGUCUGUUGAAAAGUUAAAAUAUGAAACAAAUAAGUGUCUACAAGAUUUUGAAAUUGCUCAACGUAAUCAUGAUCAUCCAGCAAUGGUUCAGACAGAUAUGGAAUCUAAUAUUAAAUACUUUGCUGAGCUUAUCAAAUCAUUACAAGAAAAAGGAAACAUAUUAAAAAAUGAAAUUGAAAAUACUCAACAAUAUUUAGCAACAUUACCUUAUAAUAAUAAUGUCACAGUGGAUGAAUUAAGAAGAAUUGGGGAAAUGUAUUACAAGAAUGUAAUUGCAUUAGCUGGUCAUUUGCACGGUAUACACAAUGAAGUUCAAGUAUUGAAAGCAAGACAUUUGUCUUUCCGAAGAGAGAUUUUAAAUGAUCAUACAAAUAUUUUUCAAUUGAAUCCCAAUACUAGUUCAUCUAGUUUCUUUACAUCUCGUCCAGAUACUACUGGCCCUAAUCCAUUUUCAGGUUUAAAUAUAACAGCUUCAGCAGCAUUAAACUUAGGAACAUUUGGAUUAGAUCAGUCUGGUGUUCUUCAAAAUCAAGAUACAAGUAGUGUACAAUCAAAUUAUGGAACAAACUCAUUAUUUGGAACAAACACUCAGCCGAAUAAUACAACACAAUUCCAAGGUUUCUUUCCCAGCUAUAAAUAAAGUUAAAAUAGUAUUUUAAGUAAGAAUAAACUAAUAUAUUUUAUUUAUUUUUUAAUAAUAAUUUAAAAUAAAUGAUGAUGCUAUAUUAAUUUGUUAGCAUUGUUUUUGUUCAAUAAAAUGGUAAAACUUUAUUGUAUUAACAUUUUUUAAAUUAUAAUUAAAUAUAAAUAAGGUAUUAUACAAAAAGCAAAACUUUUUUCAUUAUGUUUAGUCUAAUUGAUUUUUUAAUAAUUAUAUUAUAUCUAUAAAUGAAGGUUGAAAUAUUUACUUUCAAUUAUUUUUAAUUUUUGAAUUGUAACAAUAUUACUGUUCACUUUAUAACAUUUUGUAUUAAAUUACUUCUCAAACUUAAAA